UAAAAGGAAGAAAGAAAAACCCUGGCAAGGCAUGAGGUUUUAUUGCAUUUUCAAAUGCAGGUGCAAAGGAAGAGACCGAAGCCAAAGAUUCUGUAAAGAAGAACAGUUUCAGAGUUCUUCCUCAAUGUUGUAGUAUUACUCUUAACGAAUCCGUAUUUCUGCUGCCAACCCUAAAUCGCAUUGCAAAUUUUGGACCCAAUACGAAUGGAAGCAGCUUCCAAUGGCGGAAGAGCCGAGAGCUCGAAGCCCUUGAAGUUCUCGGCGUACCAGAACCCGGCCUUAUCCGCCGCUCUCACCGCCAACAGUCUCCAACCUUCGAAGUUCACCUUCCUCUGCAUCUUCUCCAUCUCCUCUGCAUCUGCAUUCGCCUUCCUUCGUAUUCUUUCCUGGGAAAAUGUUAUUAUUGACAAUUUGAAGCUCAAAAACUUCCCCGAAGAGGCAGCCUGCUUAUUUGCUAAGGCUGUUCAGACUCUGGUAGGCUUAGUAUUUUUGGGAACAAUAUUAGCUUUCUUAAAAGCAAUAUCUUUGUUUAGAGGAAGGUUUAGUGGUAGUGUGCCUAUUACAUCUGCCUCUAAAGGAAUCAAGGAUCGAACGCCUCUUUCCAAGCGUCAACUAGGACUUAUGGGAUUAAAACCAAAGGUUGAUGAUGCGGUAUCCGAAAAGGCCGUAAAGCCUCCAAAAUCUAAACCAUAUGCAUCGCCUUCUUCUGAUGUUCUUGUUCCUCUUCACCAAUCAAUUGGCAGUUUUAGUUUUUCAUCUCAAAGAAACAUGGAUAAAUUGAACUCCGCCAGUGGAAGUAAAAUGCAGCCUUUCACAACACCUUCGAAAUCCCCGGGUUCUGCAUCUUCCUUAUAUCUUGUCUCUGGAGUGGCCUCACCACUGCCUCCUUCUGCCCAGAGUUCAUCAGGGCUUGAUUCAAUGGUUUGCACCCCAUGGUCAAGCAAGCAAGGAUCUUCUCUGAAAGAAAUUACAUCUGAAGAAGAAUUUGAACGGUUCCUUACUGAAGUAGAUGAAAAAUUAACUGAGUCUGCAGGAAAAUUGGCAACUCCACCCCCCACCACCAGCGGUGUUGGUAUAGCCAGUCCCAGUACUGUUGCUACUUCAGCUAAUACCUCUGGAACUACCAGAAGUACUCCCUUGAGGCCUGUAAGGAUGUCUCCAAGUUCGCAGAAAUUCACCACUCCUCCUAAGAAAGUAGAGGGUGAUGUUCCCUCCCCAAUGUCUAUGGAGGAAACGGUUGAAGCUUUCAAGAAUUUGGGUGUAUAUCCCCAAAUCGAGGAAUGGCGUGAUCGUCUCAGGCAAUGGUUUUCUUCCAUUCUGCUUAAUCCUCUUCUAGAAAAGAUUGAAACAAGUCAUGUUCAGGUAAAGGAAGUGGCUGCUAAACUAGGUGUCUCAAUUACUAUAAGUCCAGUAGGCGACUCCACUGGAUCCAUUCCCACCGUGUCUUCGGUUGACAGGACUAAUGAAUGGCAACCAACAUUGACCCUUGAUGAAGAUGGGCUCCUUCACCAGUUACGAGCAACACUCGUGCAAUCAAUAGAUGCCUCUACAACCAGGAUGCCUCUGGCGAAUGCACAACAGUCCCCUCAGCAGAAUCUCUUAGUUCCAAUCAUGCAAGAGUGUGUCAAUGCCAUUGCCGAACACCAGAAACUCCUUUCUCUGAUGAAGGGUGAAUGGGUCAAAGGCUUGCUGCCUCAAAGCAGUAUUCGAGCAGAUUAUACAGUACAAAGAAUCAGAGAGCUUUCUGAAGGGACCUGCUUGAAGAAUUACGAGUAUCUUGGGACUGGAGAGGUUUAUGAUAAGAAGAAUAAGAAGUGGACACUCGAGCUUCCAACUGAUUCUCACUUACUCUUGUAUCUAUCUUGUGCUUUCCUAGAGCAUCCAAAGUGGAUGCUACAUCUGGAUCCUUCAACCUAUGCUGGAGCUCAGUCCAGUAAAAAUCCUUUGUUCUUAGGGUUUCUUCCUCCAAAGGAACGGUUUCCCGAAAAGUAUGUAGCGAUUAUAUAUGGCGUCCCUUCUGUUCUUCACCCAGGAGCCUGCAUACUUGCCGUUGGAAGGAAAAACCCCCCAAUAUUUUCUUUGUACUGGGAUAAGAAGCUUCAGUUUUCCCUUCAGGGACGAACGGCAUUGUGGGAUUCUAUAUUGCUUCUGUGUCAUAGAGUGAAGGUUGGAUAUGGCGGAAUUAUUCGGGGCAUGCACCUUGGUUCGUCUGCUCUAAGAAUCCUUCCAGUUUUGAAUCCAGAGCCUUCAGCCUGAGUGAGUCUUCCAACAAUCUUCUUAUUGCAUAAGCUCAUCUGCUGUUAUAUGAAACUGCUAACAAAUGGUUCUUAUUCAACAAAUUUUCUCCUUUGUACAAUCUGUAUGAUUCAUGGGGGAUCUUAAGCUUUGGCUUUAUUGGAAACUUCUAACUUUAGUUUACCAAGUCUGAAUGUUCAUGUAUCCUAGUCUCUAGUCUGAGCUCUUCAAUAGUUUUGUAUGGACCAGAAAUUAUCAUACAACACCAGUUUAGGAUUCUGUUUGGCUGUAGCAUGAUAGUUGAGCCAUUUUAUAUAAUAUUCGGCAGUGCUUUUGGCUGUUAAAA